CUGACAUUUGACGUUUCGAAUAUAAACAAUGGAAUUGAGUCGAAAAAUUGAAGAAAUGCAAAAAUCAAGUCGGAAGCAGGAUAUCAGGGAAAUAAUAAAAAUCUUUGAUUCAAGUGAAUAAACCUCAUGAAAAAAUGAGUGGAACGAUAACCGUUCACCAGUGCUUGUUCUGUCCACAAACAUUCGGCAGUGCCGCUGCAAAAGAUGAUCACACUCUGGAGCACUUUGCCCAAGAGACUUGUGCCGACUGCAAUCAAAAUUUGAUUCGAAUCGGUGCCAAUUUGUAUACUCUACAUGACACAGUGACGUGCAUCAAGAGAGUUGUGAAAAAAGAUCAUUGCUUAUCAACCUCUGCUACAACGGAUUCUUUGGUGGCGAAUGAAAAUCCUCUUGAUUUCGAUAGUGUAAAUUGUGGUGGUGGCUUUGCUGCUGUUGCGAUCAGUUCUAAAUCAAUUUGCGCCCAACAACUAGAAAUUAAAAGAGAACCAGCUGAUGUCGGAUACAGUCAACAGCUUGACGACCCGUUCCAUUCAAAUAAAAUUGAACCUAACCCAAAUUGUACCAAAUUUUCAUUCGAAUAUUGCCGGAAAGUGCUUUUAUCGGAGCCGACAUUGGAUAUUCAUGUCAGAAAUUGCAAGUGGAAAGAGAAAUUGGAGAGUGAGCGUAGUUACAAAGUUGAUGACAUGGUCGAAAAGAGAUUAAUGCCUAGCAGUAGCGACGUUCAACAACAAGGUAAACAGCAAAUAGCACACCAAGAAAAUCUGUUUGUCAUAGAAAAAGGGUUGGAAGCGGAUUAUUCAUUGAUUGAGGAAUCCAAUGUUAAGAGAGAACCAGAAAUUGAUAUUGAUAUGCCUGAAAGAUAUGAACAAGAUGAAUUCGAUGACUCUGACGAAAGUAUGGAUCUAAGCGACUUUCAAGAAAUUAAGAAGGCAAUUCGAACGCAAAUGGAAAAUGAAAAGAUGGUCAACGAACGUCAGUGUAACGUUUGCCACAAGAUUAUGAGCUCAGCCGAAUCUCUCCGUAAUCACAUGAAAUGGAAUCACAAUUCGAACUUCAAAAAACCCGAUCAAAGAGCAUAUAUAAAGUGUGAUGUUUGUGACCGAAUACUUUACAAUAAAGGCAACCUGCAGAGACAUAAGAUAAGUGUACAUGGCGCAUCGCACUCUCAUGCUUCGUCCUCGGCGAUUCAGCUGCCUGAAAAUAGUGAACAAGAGAAAAUUGAAGACUUUGGUGAACGUAUGCAUCUAAACGGUAAUCAAAAGCUUGAAACGGAAGUUCAAUCGCAGAAGAAAAAUUUAACGAAUUUGAUGGUUGGUGAAAAUCAAUGCAGUAUUUGCCACAAGAUUAUGAGCUCAGACGACUCUCUCCGUAAUCACAUGAAAUGGAAUCACAAUCGUGAUCCGAAUUUCAAGAAACGCGAUCAGAAAACAUAUGCAAAAUGUGAUGACUGUGACCGAACGUUCUUCCAUAAAGGCAACCUCCAGAGACACAGACAGAGUGUACAUGGUAAAAAACACAUUCAUGACAUGUUAUCAAUGGAAAAAGUAGUAAAAUCCGAAACACUUUGUCACUUUUGCGACACGGUAUUUCCCACUAAAGACGAUCUGCUGAGUCAUCAGAAUGAAUGCCCAAUGAAAGACGAGCAUCGGCAGAAAAUGCAACGGCAAAAACUCACACAACAAAAUCAAGAUGAUUUUCAUAGAAUUUUUGAGUGCUUCAUGUGCAAAAGGAGGGUAAAAACGAAACAAAACCUUACUAGACACAUGCAACAACUACAUUCGAAUGAACCACAGGAAAAAAUUCAAUGUGAAACAUGUGGAUUGUUUGUGUUUCAAAGAAGCAUGCGGAAGCAUUAUAACUAUGUACACUUGAAGAUUGGUGGUUGCGUGUGCGAUGUAUGUGGAAAAAAAUUUUCGGUGGCAAAAAUACUAAGAUUUCAUAAGAUCCGCAAACAUGGUGCGACGCCAGAUACUAUCUUCUGCAACUUUUGUGCAAAGAUAUGUUCAACUGAAGAUGAACUGCUCAAUCAUCAAGGCGAAUGUCCAAUAAAACGCAGAUAUGAUCAGAAAAUGCUCGGAAAACCAUUACCGAAAAAUAAAGCUUAUUUCCAUAGGACAUACGAGUGUUAUGUGUGCAAAGAAAUUUUCUUACAGAAAUCAAACAUUGAUUCGCACAUGAAAUGGAAACAUGUGCAUGUAAGGGAGCGCAACGAACAGCUAAUGUGCUCCGUGUGUGGUGUAUAUUUAAAAACGGUGCAAGGAUUCAAAUAUCACAUGGCUAUCCACACUGGUGAAAAGCGAUUCAAAUGUCUACACGAAGGGUGUGAUAAAUCGUUUAGGGCGACAAGUAAUCUAAAUAAUCACAUGAAAACUCAUAUGGCUGAGAAAACAGUUCAGUGCACAAUUGAUGGAUGCAACCAAACAUUUCCCUAUUCUUCCGCUCUUAUACGGCAUAAAUUCAAAGUGCAUGGCAUACCAUUCCCCGAACAAUUUCCAUGCUCAAUUUGUAACAAAAUUUUUCAAAAGAAAUAUAUGAUGAAACUUCACAUGAAAAUACACACGAGGAAGACACAUUCAAAGAAGCAAACAAAGAAACGCUUGAAAAAACAACGGAAAAACGUUGGUUGAGCAAUUACAAAUCGAUCUGUUUUUUCGUCUCAUUAUAAUGAAAAUAAAAACUGUUCAUUGAUUUUUAAAAAUUGUAGCCAAAAUUAUUGUCAUUUCCUUGAUAAAGUUUUUAUUCCUUAAUAAACAGUUACAGGUCAAGUCAAA